CAUUAACGCGCUGUUCAGGACCUCGACGCCAGCGCCAGCACCACCUCGUUUACAGUUGCUCUGGGACAACGACAGCCAAGAUGAUGAUAAUACAGAGUCCCAAGAAGAGUCCGCGAAAGAACCAAGCCAAAUCACCUGAAAAGGUGGCCAAACGGGCCAAACCACCGCCUCCGCCCUUCUUCGCACCCAAGAACGCGGGGCCAUCCAGUGCGAUCCCGUCUUCAUCGCCUGCGUUUGCGACGCCUGCCCACCCGCUGAGGCCGUUCCAACCGCCGGCACCCGCAAAAGCCGCUGUGCUUCCCAUCAUCCUUCCCCCAGCCACGCUGCGGCCGCUGGCAUUCCGCACCUUCACCAAGAAACAUAGUCUAACGCUGACGUCCUCGGCGCUCCAAGAACUCGCGACCUUCAUCGGCAGACACUGCGGCUCGGGAUGGAGGGAGGAAGGCCUGGCCGAAAAGGUCCUGGAGGAAGUCGCUCGUGCCUGGAAGAAUUGCAAUGGCGGCGUCAUCGUGGAGGGGACGAGCCCCGAGCUCAAGGAUAUCCUCAAGACCCUGGAGGGCAACAUGAGCGGCGGCAAGAUCCUGACUGGGCCACGCGGCGGCCUUAGUCGCCAGAACAGUCUGAUGCUGGAGCCGACCGAUGACGCCGACAACUCCAAUACCCGGCUUGGGCUGAGGCCCGCGACCACGCUUACACGCGACGACAGCCAGGCCAGCUUUGGCAUGUCUGCGAUGGACUUCGACGAGGAGCCGGAUGACGAGGGGGUGCGGGAUGUCAGGAGAUGGCUGAAAGUCAUCAGCGCCUUUGACCAGCCCAGGUACACAUACAACGUGGCCAAGAAGCACUUUGAAAGAAUAACUUCCAAGCCGUCCCUCCUACCCUCUGCCUCCCACAAGACGGAGGCAUUCCGAAAUAGGUACAACGUCAUCCACCAACGCCUUCUCCGCAACGAAGCCUUCCAGACCUCCGCCGUCACGAGCGCCCGCAGCUCCGCGCUCCGUCGCGGCGCCUCCUCGAUGCAAUCCCACAAGAUAACGCCCGUUGCGAACCUCCUCGGUCGUCACGGCACCAACCACAUGCUGCUCGGGAUGCUGGUCAUCCUGCCCACGGGGAACCUGGCCAUCAGCGACCUGACCGGGACCAUCGCGCUCGAUCUGUCCCACGCGGUUGCCAUCCCGGAGGAUUCAGCCUGGUUCACGCCGGGCAUGAUUGUCCUGGUCGACGGUAUCUACGAGGAAGAGGAGGAGUCGGUAGGCAGGGGGCUGAGCGGAAGCAGUGGUGUGGGCGGUACCAUCGGCGGCCGCUUCCAGGGCUUCUUCAUCGGCCAACCGCCGUGCGAGAAGAGGCGGGUGACGCUGGGCAUCAGUGGCUUGGACGGCGGGGCAGACCACACGGUGGGGGGCGGUUUUGGCUGGGUUGAUUUCCUCGGAGUAGGCAGCGAGCGGGCCGUCGGCUCGCGCAUGCGGAAGCUGGAGCAGAGGCUACUGCGGCAACCAGCGCUGGCCAACCCAGACAGCCCUGGGCGCGGCCGCGUGGUCAUCGUCGGCGAGCUGAACCUCGACCAACCGCGUAGCCUGCAGGCGCUGAAGAAGAUCCUCUCGCUCUACGCGACCGACCCGGAAGGGUCAACGCCCAUGGCGUUCGUCCUGGCCGGCAACUUCACUACCCACGCCGUCAUGGCCCGCGGGGGCAGCGGGGGGAGCAUCGAAUACAAGGAGUUCUUCGACGCCUUGGCCUCGACGCUAGCCGACUUCCCCAUGCUCCUGACCACGGCGACCUUCGUCUUCGUUCCCGGCGACAACGACGGAUGGGUCUCGGCCUUCUCGGGGGGCGCCGCCGUGCCGCUCCCGAGGAAACCGGUGCCAGACCUGUUCACCUCCCGGAUCAGGCGCGUCUUCGCGGCCGCCAACGCCGAGGCAGGGCUCUCCUCUGCCGACGGCAAGGGCGGCGAGGCCAUCUGGACCAGCAACCCCAGCCGGCUCUCGCUGUUCGGGCCGAACCACGAAAUCGUCCUCUUCCGCGACGACAUGUCGGCCCGCCUCCGCCGCUCGUCCGUGCGCCUCAAGAGCAAAGCGAGCACCACUGCCACCGCCGAUACCGACGCUGACGCCAACGCCAACACCAACGCCAACCGCCCACCAGGCGAAGACGCCAUGGACCUCGACCCCCCUCCAUCCCCGCCCUCCCCCUCCGACCAGAACCAGAAGAACCAAACCAGCGACGAACCCCCCCCCCCCUACGACACCCUCGUCGCCCGCAAGCUGGUCAAGACGAUCCUCGACCAGGGCCACCUGGCGCCCUUCCGCCCGGCCGUCCGCCCCCUGCACUGGGACCACGCGGCCGCGCUGCACCUGUACCCGCUGCCGACGGCGCUCGCGCUGGUCGACCCCUCCGCGCCGCCCUUCUGCCUCACCUACGAGGGCUGCCACGUCGUCAACCCCGGCGCCGUCCUCGUCGCCGGCCGCAGGGGCGUCGCGCGCUGGGUCGAGUACCCCGUCGGCAGGCAGGGGAGGGUCAGGGAGUGUACUUUUUGAGCCGCAAUGUUGUUGCUGUUGUUUUAGGGGUGAGUUCGGGCUUUGCGGGAUGGUACCGGCUGGUGGGUGGUUGGUGUUGAGGAGUUGGGUCGCUUCCCCCGUCAUGUCGGUAGGGCUUAUGCUGGUAGU